CAAUAAAAAAGGUUACAGAUGUACUCUUGAGUCUUCACACACAUUUUUCCUUCCAAUCAUUUGGGAACUCAAGGAAUCGAUAUAGAAUAAACACUCAUAUUAAAAGAAUGAAUUAUAAGUAACUGGCACCGGGAAAGCCAUGCGAAGGUUUCUCUUUCUCUAUAACGAAGCACGAAAAUUCCACAAACCUCAUAUUCAUCUUGCAUUUCCAUCGCCCUUAGCAUAUAGUAAUAUCGGAGACAGUCAUUUCAAUUUGGUGGAUGUUUCUGCCCAAAGUGGAACCAAUGCUGAGUUGGCGCUAUUUGAAGCCUCUCGUCGUGGAAUUAAACCAAAUUCCUUUGCUCUUGUUAACCUACUUGGAUUAGCCAGUAACCUGAACUGCCCCUCAUUCGGACAACAACUCCAUAGUUAUGUUAUACGCUCUGGCUAUUUUUCCCAUAUUCAUGUCUCCACCUCUCUCAUCAAACUUUACGUCAGAACGCACUCUUUUAGUGACGCACACAAACUGUUUGUUGAAAUUGCUGAACCGAGCGUCGUUACUUGGAACACUUUGAUAUCCGGGUACGUCCACACCGGCCAGUUUCGAAACGCUUUGUCAUUCUUCACGCUCCUAGACAGGUCCCACGUUUGUGCCGACGCAGUCUCGUUCACGUCUGCUUUGUCUGCCUGUUCCCUACUGAGUCUCUUCAAACUGGGAAGCUCAAUUCAUUGCAAGAUAGUUAAAGUGGGCAUGGCUGAUGGCACUGUAGUUGCAAAUUGCUUGAUUGUCAUGUAUGGGAAAUGCGGCUCUCUUGAACGUGCUGUUCGGAUAUUCUCUCAGACCAUUGAGAAGGAUGUUAUUUCUUGGAAUUCAGUCAUAGCAGCAAGUGCAAACAACGGAGACAUUGAACUUGCUUAUAAGUUUUUGCACCUUAUGCCCAACCCUGAUACUGUGUCCUAUAAUGGGUUGAUAAAUGGAAUUGCUAAGUUUGGAAAUAUGGAUGAUGCUGUUCAGGUUUUGUCAAGCCUGCCAAGUCCGAAUUCGUCUUCCUGGAAUUCUGUAAUUACGGGAUUUGUGAAUAGGAAUCGAGCUAGGGAAGCUUUGGAUAUAUUCCGUAAAAUGCACUUGAGAAAUGUAGAGAUGGAUGAGUUCACAUUUUCAAUCAUUUUAACUGGAAUUGCUGGUUUGUCUGCCUUAACGUGGGGGAUGUUGAUUCAUUGCUGCACAAUAAAGUGCGGUUUAGAUGCUUCAGUAUUUGUUGGGAGUGCCCUAAUUGACAUGUACUCAAAAUGUGGGCAGGUUAAGAAUGCUGAAUCAAUCUUCGUCCAUGCACUGCCUAACAAGAAUUUGGUGAGCUGGAAUGCAAUGUUAUCUGGCUAUGCUCGCAAUGGUGAUUCUGUACGUGUUAUCCACCUCUUUCAGUCUCUGAAAAUGGAAAGAGAGAUAAAGCCUGAUGGUAUCACGUUUCUUAACCUUAUAUCCGUAUGUUCCCAUAGUGAAAUACCAUUUGAGGUUGCUAUUCGUUACUUUGAAUCUAUGAUUGAUGAAUAUAAGAUUGCACCAUCCAUUGAGCAUUGUUGUUCAAUGAUACGGCUCAUGGGGCAGAAAGGAGAGCUGUGGAGAGCAGAAAGGAUGAUACAUGAACUUGGUUUUGAGUCAUGUGGGGUGGUUUGGAGGGCUUUGCUAGGCGCUUGUGGAACACAGGCAGAUCUACAAGUAGCAGAGAUUGCAGCUGCCAAGGUGAUUGAAUUGGAGAGGGAUGAAGAUUAUGUUUAUGUGAUGAUGUCUAACAUGUAUGCAUCUUGUGGAAGAUGGGAAGACGUAAAUGCAAUUAGGGGAUUCAUGAGUAGGAAAGGAAUUAGGAAAGAAGCGGGUUCUAGUUGGAUAGAAAUAGAUAGCUCUGUCUCGUCUCUAUGAAUCCACAAAAAUAACAACUCAAAGAGAAUAUAUCUGCCGAUUUUAAAAUCUAUAUAUAUUACUGAUUUUC